UGAGCAAGUGGCCAUUUGCUUUCGCUUCUGCCUUUGAUCACACCUGCCUUGGAAUCCAUGGGAGGGUUUGAGGGCCAUCUGUACCCUGGCCUGUCCUUAUUCCUCUAUGGACUUUAUCAUGCAGGACUUCUCUCCAGGGCUGUGACAUGCAACUCCCCUGUCCAAUACCCACCACACCCUCCUUGGAGCAAAGGGAGAUGGGCGAGGUUACGGCAAAUGUAUUAUAUUGGCUUUCUGAAGAUACUGAGUGCUUGCAUUUUAGUAGCGCAAGAGUUGAAUAGCAUUCAUUGGCAGGUGGUACUGAUCAGCAAGAUGUAUCACCAGAGAAACUUCAUGUACCGCAAACAGUGGCAGCACCUCACUCUCUACAUGUCCUUCUUUCUGAGUGGCUGUGUGGACGUGGUCAGCCAGAACCUGCUGCCCACGAGGUGCGUAGUGCUGGAGCAAGGUGCCCAAGCAUUGAGCAUGUGUCUCCUUUUGCCCCUGAUGGUGUCUCACAUGCAGGACGUUGAAGGAGUGGAGCUGCAGACCCACGCGCUGCUCGUCCAGGCCCUGUUUCUGCUGACCCUCGUGGUGACGGCGGAGCUGUGGGCUCCCGAUGUGCUGCUGAUCUGGGUGCUGAAGGCCUUUCUAUACCUCGUCACGGGCUCCUGGCUGAUGCAGAUAGGCUUCGUGCUCUACAAACCCAUCUCCGGCUACAAAUGGAUGGACGACGACAAAAACGACCUGGCGUUCGCCACCACUUUCUUCUGCUGGCACGUGGCCUUCAGUGCCCUCGUGAUGAUCUGGAUCUACGGCGUCUCCGUUGUGUGGCAUUGUUACCUCGGGGCUGAUGCCUGAACCUGGCCGCGCCCAAGGGGUUUCCCGUUGCCUGCGUGCUCCCAGGACAUCUGGAUGAGAAGUGGCGUGAGAAGCAAGCUGCCGGAAAGGAGGCUCAGACAUCCUUCAGAGGCGCCCCACCUUGAGACAGCAGACUGUGGUGGGAUGGGUAUACCUUCUCUCCCCUCUGGCUUCUCUGCAUCUAAUUGGCUGAAGGGUGCAAAGAAAGAUGAAUGAAACAAAAAAGGCACGCUCUGACCUUCACUCUCGGUUCCCUGCGUUCCUCUCCCAUUCCCACCGCCAACCCUAGCAGCCGCUUGCCCUGCGCCUCUUUGCAUCCGUCACUCUGCACCCCUCACCCCCCUCCAUGAGAACACAGCAAAUUUAUGAAAUCCUGUCUUUGGAACUUUCCAUAAAUAUCUUUUACUUAAUCACACUGAGCCCGUCCUAUCUCCUCAUCGUUUCUUAACCUGGACUUCUAGGAUGCUCAUUCCAGACCCAGGCUGUCGAUUUGGCUAUGUGAAGCUCAGAACUGGUCCUGGUUCUUUCCUCUGACCACUCUGAUUCAUCUGACUGGAAGUCAGACCCUUGUGAACAGCGGCUUCCUCUGCAGGGUCUGGUAGGACGCAGUAGCCCCCACACAUGGGAGAAGGCCACAGGGGCCUCCCCAAGUAUGGUGGGGUUCUCCUCCUCAGCGUCUCCUCCCAUUGCCCUGGACCCAUCUCCAUCAGUUUCCAAAUAGUAGACUUACCUGCCGGGCCCCAGCCCUUUCUGGUUCCCAUGGAUAAUAAAGUCUAAU